CUAAGAUAUCAUAAAGAAUCAACAAUAUUAGAAUUUAGAAUAAUAGAUUCAAAAAAGUUUAAAAAUAAGGAGCAAAAAUGUCGUCUGUGAAACAACUUGUUGAGUCAGGUUGUAUCGCAUCUAUUCCCUCUAAGUAUGUUUUCACCAGAAGCUUGGAUGAGACUCCUACAUUGCCUCAACCAGAAGCAAUAAUCCCCGUCAUCGACUUCUCGCUGCUCACUUCCGGUAAUGCCGAGCAACGGACCAAGGCCAUCAAGGAUCUUGGCAAGGCAUGCCGUGAAUGGGGGUUCUUCAUGAUCAUAAACCACAAUGUGCCUGAAAAGCUAAUGAAAGAUAUGAUAAGUGGGAGUCAGAGUUUCUUUGAUUUAAGAGAGGAAGAAAAGCAAGAAUAUGCAGGGAAAGCACUGUUCGAUCCCAUAAGGUGGGGAACAAGCUUCAAUGCGACAGCGGACGAGACAUUCUUUUGGAGGGAUUAUCUAAAGAUCCAUGUUCAUCCUCACUUCAAUGUCAAUGCUCUUACAAAACCUGCCGGCUUCAGUGAGGUUAUACAAGAAUAUUGCAAACAAACCCGAGAAUUGGCUGGCGAAUUGCUGAGAGGGAUAUCAAAAAGCUUGGGAUUAGAAGAAAUCUACAUAGAAAAGAAAAUGAACAAAGAAAGUGGGCCUCAUGAGCUGAUGGCUAUAAACCUAUACCCACCUUGUCCACAACCAGAUGUGGCUAUGGGUCUGCCUCCUCAUACUGACCACGGCUUCAUAACCCUCCUGAUGCAGAAUGAGCUGUGUGGCCUUCAAGUGCUCUAUAAUGGUAACUGGGUUUCUAUCAAUCCCUUUCCCAACUCCUUUCUAGUCAACAUCGGUGACCACAUGGAGAUAUUGACGAAUGGAAAGCACAAGAGCGUGGUGCACAGGGCCUUGGUAAAUAAUAAAGCAACGAGAAUAUCAAUAGGAACAGCACAUGGACCAACGCUGGAUACCGUAGUAAGCCCCGCACCGGAGUUUGUGGAUUAUAAGACUCAUCCACCUCUAUACCGUGGAAUCAAAUAUAGGGAUUACAUGCAGCUUCAGCAAUCCAAUCAGCUUAAUGGAAAAUCUUGUUUGGACCGUAUUCGCAUUUGAUAAAUAAUAAUAAUAAUAAUAAUAAUAAUAAUUUCUAUUUAUAUAAUAUGUUUGAUUAUCCUAAAAGUAUUAUUCACAAAAAAAAAAAAAAGAUUAUCCUAAAAGUAAUAUAUAAAAAAAUAAAAAAUAAAAAAAGUUACGUACACAAUGAUGUUUCUACUACUUCAUUGGGAAAGAAAAUGUUGUAUGUCAGUAAGGCGCAUAAUUUCUGUUGUGUGUAUUUUUUAUGUACUAAUGGCCAAAAUCCAUAAUUAUCUUAAUGUUGUGUGUAUUUUUUUAUGUACUAAUGGCUAAAAUCCAUAAUUAUCUUAAUACCCAAAGGGUAAAACAAGCCCAUAUUUUUAAUUA